CCUCUCUAUAGACAAAAAAGAGAUACUAGAUUUAGACUAGAAAAAGAGAACACUGGAUAUGAAAUCGGGUGUAUCAUUCUUAUUCUCAUUCUCAUUCUCAUUAUCAGUAUUAUCUUCCACUACUUGUAUUACGAUGCCUAGAGUCGACCCCUACCUAAAAGAAAACCAUAAACCCAACCCCAAACCCAGUUCCAACCAUGCUUCAAGCCUACCUAAAUCUGUUCCAAAAUCAGGAUGAGACAAAGCGUCUUACCGGACCGGGUAUGUGGGUCUAAUCGCAUAUACUUUCUACGAAAGAUUAGCACCUACCUGGGGUAGGAAUGCCAAUCUCAUU